AUGGAAACAGGGCAGCCUGAAGAUUCCAAAGUGACACUGGAGUCAGUAAAGAAAAUGAUCGCUGAACGUGAUGAAAUUGACCGAGAGAUAGCAAAAGAAGAAGAAAUUCUUAAGAUGAACAACAUCGAUAUGAAGAAAAGUUUGGUAGAUCAGGAGGGUUAUCCUAUUACUUCUGUUGAUGUGUACUCAGUGAGACGAGCUCGGAAUGCAAUUAUAUGUGCUCAGAAUGAUCGCCGAAAAUUAACAUAUGAAAUUGAAAAAGCUAUGCAGACAUUACAUCAACAGCAGCGAAAUUGCUUAUCAGCAUGCAGUGAAAAUGAAGGAUCAGAUGAGAAUCUUAUUGUUCAUCGUACUAGUAAUACUCCUUUCGUAAGAAUAUCUAAAAUAACGAACGACUCUCCUGCGUUUGAAGCGGGCCUGAAAGAAGAUGAUCUAGUAAUACAGUUCGAUCGGCUACACGCAGACAAUUUUAAAAAUAUGAAUGAACUUACUGAUAUUGUGCAGAAGUCAAUAAAUUAUAAUGCAACGAAUUUAAUGCAGAAAUCGAUACGUGUUACUGUACUGAGGAACAACAGGCCAAUACGACUGAACCUUGUGCCACAAAUCUGGUCUGGUAAGGGUGUUCUUGGAUGUGCUGUUAUUCCAAUAUCUUCGGCCACAUCAUGUAAUUGA